AGCACUCUGUGUGACUCUGCAGUGACCAUGCAUCACCUGCCAGCAGAGCAUCAACUCAAUGCCAGCUGCAACUGCUCCUCUGCCCCUUCCAACUGGACAGCAGGGGGCGACACCCUGCAGCUGCCCACAUUCACCACAGCAGCCAAAGUCAGGGUGACCAUUACCUUCAUCCUCUGCGCCACGUCGGCCUUCUGCAACCUGGCCGUGCUGUGGGCUGCCCACAGCGACGGGAAGCGAAAGUCGCACGUCAGGGUGCUGAUCAUCAACCUGACUGUGGCUGAUCUGAUGAUGACCUUCAUCGUGAUGCCAGUUGACGCAGUGUGGAACAUCACAGUCCAGUGGCUUGCUGGGGACCUUGCCUGCAGGCUACUGAUGUUUCUCAAGCUGCAGGCGAUGUACUCCUGCGCCUUUGUCACUGUGGUGAUUAGCCUGGACAGGCAGUCAGCUAUUCUCAACCCUCUGGCUAUCAACGAGGCCCGAAAGAGGAACAGAGUCAUGCUGUCUGUGGCGUGGGCCAUGAGUGCUGCGCUGUCGGUCCCUCAGAUAUUCCUUUUUCACAAUGUGACCAUCAUUCAUCCCGAGGAGUUCACUCAGUGCACGACUCGUGGAAGUUUCGUGAGUCACUGGCAUGAAACUGCCUACAACAUGUUCACCUUCUCCUGCCUGUUCCUGCUGCCUCUGGUCAUCAUGAUCACCUGUUACACCAGGAUCUUGUGUGAGAUCUCCGAACGACUGAAAACGGACAACUUGUCGUCCAAUGAGGUGCGUUUGCGGUGUUCAAAGAACAACAUCCCCAGAGCCCGAAUGAGAACUCUAAAAAUGAGUAUAGUUAUUGUCUUGUCUUUUAUUAUCUGCUGGACUCCGUACUACCUGCUGGGACUGUGGUACUGGUUCUUCCCCGAAGACCUUGAGGGGAAAGUCUCCCAAUCGCUAACCCACAUCCUGUUCAUCUUUGGUCUCCUCAACGCCUGCCUGGACCCGGUCAUCUACGGCCUGUUCACCAUUCACUUUCGAAAGGGGCUCCGGAGGUAUUUUUGCAAAGCCCCCCGAGCGUCUGACCUGGAUAACCACACGGUUAUAACUGGAUCUUUAACUUGUGCUGCCAGUAUUUCACCACUGAAAAGAGAGCUGAGCCCUGCUGCCAGCCAGGAGAAGUUCAUCAUGUACAGCAGCAAUCACAGUAAAGAAGAGUCAACGUCACCCAGUGGCAGCUUUUUAACAGCAGACAAUAAUACAGCUAGAGAUGUAAACCAGUCCAGCUCCGACAGCACCGUGUGAUGACAGUAGUGUUUUUUUUAUAAUGUUGUGUAACUAUUAUUUAUUCAUCUUCAUUCAUUGUCUGACUGUCUAAUGUGUGGGGUCCUGUA